AUGAGCGAGCUGCAGAAAUCCUUCGCCAAAUAUAAAUUGGCCAAGCUCUCGCACCAGCUACCCCCCCACGACCUGUCCGCGACUCCUCACGAUGAGGACUACUCCUCCGCUUCGUCCACUGGCACGAUAAUUCCUUCGGCCAGUCGCAAUCUAUUCGCCAGACCAAAUGGUAGUCGCGGAUCCCCCCAAACAAGCUUAAGCUGGACCGAGUUCUUCACUCAAGACCUGCAUCUCACUCAGGUCGACUCCAGCACUAACACGCGCAUCACCCACCAUGUAUACCUCACGCCCCCCGCCGACUCCGGUAGUCCGCUCUUCGUGAUGCACCACGGCGCCGGCUCCUCAGGCCUUUCGUUCGCCGCGUGCGCCGAGGAGAUCCGCAAGCUCCUCCCCAACGCAGGCAUCCUAUCGCUCGAUGCUCGUCACCACGGCGGCACGGUAGUGACGACAGCCUCCACCGCCAACGACGAAGGGGACGACAGGGCCCCUCAAGAAGAUGGAGGCUCACCCGCUCUCGAUCUCAGCCUGGAAACCCUCAACGGGGAUCUCGUCUUCGUCGUCCGCGAAACCCAGCGCAAGAUGGGCUGGGACAGUCUUCCAGACCUGAUCCUCGUCGGGCACAGCCUAGGCGGUGCCGUGAUAACGGACGUCGCAAAGACCGGCGACCUAGGAUCCAAAGUACUGGCCUAUGCCGUUCUAGAUGUUGUUGAAGGAUCCGCGAUGGACGCCCUCCAAAGCAUGGAAACAUACCUCUUAACUCGUCCCUCCCGCUUCCCUUCCAUAGCAUCCGGCAUAGAAUGGCACACCCGCUCGCGCACAAUCCGCAACAAAACCUCCGCCCGCAUCUCCGUCCCCUCCCUUCUCUACGAACAACCCACCCCGACAGACCCCACCAAACCCUGGGUCUGGCGCACCAACCUGUCCGAGACCAAGCCCUUCUGGGAGAACUGGUUCAUCGGCCUGAGUCGGAAGUUCCUCGAUGCGCGCGGCGGCAAACUACUCCUGCUGGCGGGGACGGAUCGACUCGAUAAGGAGUUGAUGAUCGGGCAGAUGCAAGGCAAAUACCAAUUACAGGUUCUACCGGAAGCGGGCCAUUUCAUUCAGGAGGACCAGCCAGCCAAGACGGCGCAGAUCCUGGUGGACUUCUACAAGAGGAAUGACCGAAGUGCGUUGGUGCUGCCGCCCAAGGUGGCGGACAUGCAGGCUCAGGCGGCCAUGAACAAAGGAAACGGCGCUGGGCUAGGCUCCGGAGCUGGGGCCUUCAGGAGGGUUUAG